AAAGUAGACGUGGGGUGGAAACAGAAUCCAGGUCCACCCUGCGGUUGUUGGCGCCCUUCGUAAGGCAGAAAGGACGGGCGGGAAGCAGUCUCAGCGCGCCCGGCCCCGAGGGGUGACCCCGGACGACGCCGAGCGCAUCCGGAGGGCGUUGAGAGCGUUUUGCGCACGCGCACUGCGGCUGCCAGCCCGGUCCUCCGACCCCGACCCUGCCCCGUCCGCGUUUCCGGAACGGCUCGCCCGCGUCGCCGGCGGGUCGGGCAUGCGCACACGGGACGACCCGCCCCCAGUGCCCCCGGAAGUGCUUUCUCAGCCUGCGACGCGCGGGCGCGGGCGAGGUGGUGUCGGCGACUGAAAGAGGCGACGGCUACGCGGCCUUGGACGCGGGUUUCUUCCCUGGCGGUUGAGGCACCAAGACUCUCACCAUGGACUUCCAGCAUCGCCCCGGCGGCAAGACCGGGAGCGGAGGUGUGGCCUCCUCCUCUGAGAGCAACCGGGACCGCCGCGAGCGCCUCCGGCAGCUGGCCCUGGAGACCAUUGACAUCAACAAGGACCCGUAUUUUAUGAAAAACCACCUGGGCUCCUACGAGUGCAAGCUCUGCCUGACGCUGCACAACAACGAGGGGAGUUACCUGGCACAUACCCAAGGGAAAAAGCACCAGACCAACUUGGCCCGGAGAGCGGCCAAGGAGGCCAAGGAGGCCCCCGCCCAGCCGGCACCAGAGAAGGUCAAGGUGGAGGUGAAGAAGUUUGUGAAAAUCGGCCGCCCGGGCUACAAAGUGACCAAGCAGAGGGACACGGAGAUGGGCCAGCAGAGCCUGCUCUUCCAGAUCGACUACCCGGAGAUCGCCGAGGGCAUCGUGCCUCGCCACCGCUUCAUGUCGGCCUACGAGCAGAGGAUCGAGCCCCCAGACCGGCGCUGGCAGUACCUGCUGAUGGCUGCUGAGCCCUACGAGACCAUCGCCUUCAAGGUGCCGAGCAGGGAGAUCGAUAAGGCCGAAGGCAAGUUCUGGACGCACUGGAACAGGGAGACAAAGCAGUUCUUCCUCCAGUUCCACUUCAAGAUGGAGAAACCGCCGGCGCCCCCCAGCCUCCCCGCCGGGCCCCCGGGGGUGAAGCGGCCCCCGCCCCCGCUGAUGAACGGCCUGCCCCCCCGGCCACCCCUGCCCGAGUCCCUGCCCCCGCCCCCACCGGGGGGCCUCCCUCUGCCCCCCAUGCCUCCCACGGGGCCAGCACCCACAGGGCCCCCCGGGCCACCCCAGCUGCCCCCCCCAGCUCCCGGGGUCCACCCCCCAGCCCCAGUGGUCCACCCCCCAGCCUCCGGGGUGCACCCUCCAGCACCCGGGGUCCAUCCCCCAGCACCCGGUGUCCACCCCCCAGCCCCGGGGGUGCACCCUCCAGCCUCUGGGGUCCACCCACCCGCUCCUGGUGUGCACCCCCCAGCCCCAGGGGUCCACCCUCCACCAUCUGCUGGAGUCCACCCCCAGGGCCCAGGGGCACACCCACCAGCUGCAGUUCACCCCCAGGCCCCGGGGGUCCACCCCCAGCCUCCUGGGGUCCACCCUCAGGGGCCAGGCCUGCACCCUCCAGCUCCUGGGGUCCACCCCCAGCCUCCUGGCGUUCACCCCCAGCCUCCUGGCGUUCACCCCGCCAACCCUGGGGUGCACCCCCCGACGGCCCUGCCCCCAAUGCUGAGGCCCCCCCUCCCCUCAGAUGGCCCCGGGAGCCUGCCACCACCCCCACCCACCAAUUAAAGAGCCCCCCUGCCCUGCCAGGCUGGGCUCUGUCCCUGUACUUGCCCGUGGAGAGGCUGUCCCCUGCUUUUGUACUGGGGGCUGUGCUGUGCCCCCAGAGCUCAUUAAACAGUGUCCCUGUU